CUCUCCCGCCUAUACUGUAGCGGCAUGUUACUGUCAAUCUUGUUGUGGAAAUUUUGUGUAAUGUAAGGUAUUUUAAUACAAUUUUUGAGGACAGUUUAAUUAAAACGAUUGACAAAUUAACAUGGAAACUGCCAAACCCGAAGAAACGCCUGAUACAGGCGAAAAUUCAAAUGCAUCUUCCUCUGAUACUCUUUCGAGUAGAGGUAAAAUCGAAGAUUUUGAGACAAAAUUGGAAUUGGAUAGAGGAAAAAGGUUUGAUUAUCUGCUUAAACAAACGGAAAUAUUUUCCCAUUUUAUGAUCCAACCUACAAAAACAGCAAAACCGAAGACAGGUCGGCCAAAAAAGGUCAAAGAAGAGCCUGCAGGAGCUGGGGACCAUCGUCAUCGAAAAACAGAGCAAGAAGAAGAUGAAGAGUUACUGGCAGAGACAAAUGUUAAAACUAAACCAACUGUUCGUUUUGAAUGUUCACCUCAUUACAUAAAAAAUGGUGAAAUGCGUGACUAUCAAAUCCGUGGUUUAAAUUGGAUGAUUUCAUUGUAUGAAAAUGGCAUUAAUGGCAUUUUGGCAGAUGAGAUGGGUUUGGGCAAAACACUACAAACUAUAUCAUUGCUGGGAUUUAUGAAACAUUAUAAGAGCAUUCCAGGGCCUCAUAUUGUUGUUGUACCCAAAUCAACUCUAGCAAAUUGGAUGGCAGAGUUCCAGAAAUGGUGCCCUAGCUUAAGAGCAGUGUGUCUUAUUGGAGAUCAGGAAACAAGAAAUUCUUUCAUUCGGGAUGUGAUGAUGCCAGGAGAAUGGGAUGUUUGUGUGACAUCUUACGAAAUGGUUAUAAAGGAGAAGUCUGUUUUCAAAAAGUUCAAUUGGCGCUAUCUGGUUAUUGAUGAGGCUCAUAGGAUCAAAAAUGAAAAAUCAAAACUAUCAGAAAUCUUAAGAGAAUUUAAAACUACAAAUCGCUUACUUUUAACUGGUACACCACUUCAAAACAAUCUUCACGAAUUGUGGUCACUACUUAACUUCUUGCUGCCUGAUGUAUUUAAUUCUUCUGACGAUUUUGAUGCAUGGUUUAAUACAAACCAGUGUCUUGGAGACAAUGCGCUUAUAGAGCGAUUGCACGCAGUAUUAAAACCGUUCCUAUUAAGACGUUUAAAGUCUGAGGUAGAGAAACGCCUGAAACCAAAAAAAGAACUGAAAGUAUACAUUGGACUUAGUAAGAUGCAAAGAGAAUGGUAUACCAAGGUUCUCAUGAAGGACAUUGAUGUUGUAAACGGUGCUGGAAAAAUAGAAAAGAUGAGACUGCAAAAUAUCCUUAUGCAGCUUAGAAAAUGUACAAAUCAUCCAUACCUAUUUGAUGGAGCUGAACCAGGUCCACCUUAUACUACAGAUGAGCACUUGGUUUAUAAUUGUGGUAAAAUGGUUAUUUUGGAUAAAUUGUUGCCUAGAUUGCAAGAACAAGGAUCCAGAGUGCUUAUUUUUUCUCAAAUGACAAGGAUGCUGGAUAUUUUGGAAGACUACUGUUUGUGGAGAUGUUACCAGUAUUGUCGUUUAGAUGGUCAAACACCCCAUGAAGACAGACAAAGGCAGAUCAACGAAUACAACGAACCUGGCAGUUCUAAAUUCGUUUUUAUGUUAUCAACAAGAGCUGGUGGUCUUGGUAUUAAUUUGGCUACUGCAGAUGUGGUAAUCAUUUAUGAUUCAGACUGGAAUCCUCAGAUGGAUUUACAAGCCAUGGAUAGGGCUCACAGAAUAGGGCAAAAGAAACAAGUUAGGGUGUUUAGAUUUAUUACAGAAAAUACUGUGGAAGAGAAAAUAGUGGAAAGAGCAGAAAUAAAGUUACGUUUAGAUAAAUUAGUUAUCCAACAGGGUCGUUUAACUGAUUCCAAAUCUAGUACUUUGAAUAAGGAUGAAAUGUUGAACAUGAUUAGGCACGGUGCCAACCACGUCUUUGCGUCUAAAGACUCUGAAAUCACAGAUGAAGAUAUUGACGUUAUUUUAGAAAAAGGGGAAGCUAAGACGGAAGAGUUAAAUAAAAAAUACGAGAAGCUUGGUGAGUCGUCUUUACGCAAUUUCACAGUGGACACGCCCACCGAAUCCGUCUAUCAGUUCGAAGGUGAAGAUUACCGUGAAAAACAGAAAACUCUUGGCAUUGGUAAUUGGAUCGAGCCCCCAAAACGAGAAAGAAAAGCUAAUUAUGCCGUUGACGCUUAUUUCCGUGAGGCAUUGCGAGUAUCAGAACCUAAAGCUCCUAAAGCACCCAGACCUCCAAAGCAGCCCAUCGUUCAGGACUUCCAAUUUUUUCCUCCCCGUCUGUUCGAACUUCUGGACCAAGAAAUAUACUAUUACAGAAAAACUUUGGGUUAUAAGGUGCCAAAAAACCCAGAACUUGGCCCAGAAGCCAGCAAACACCAGAAGGAGGAACAAAGGAAGAUUGACGAAUCUGAACCGCUGACUGAAGAAGAACAACAGGAAAAAGAAAGUCUUCUUACCCAGGGAUUUACUAAUUGGACGAAACGUGAUUUUAAUCAGUUUAUAAAGGCGAAUGAGAAAUAUGGACGUGACGAUAUCGAAAAUAUCGCGAAAGAAGUGGAAGGAAAGUCUCCUGAAGAAGUGAUGGAAUAUUCUGCCGUAUUUUGGGAACGGUGUCACGAACUUACCGACAUUGAUCGUAUAAUGGCACAAAUAGAAAGGGGAGAAGCGAAGAUUCAACGAAGAGCUAGUAUAAAACGCGCUUUGGACGCAAAAAUGGCAAGAUAUCGAGCCCCCUUUCAUCAACUCAGGAUUGCAUAUGGUACAAACAAAGGUAAAAAUUAUAUGGAGGAGGAAGAUAGAUUUUUGGUUUGUAUGUUACAUAAACUUGGAUUCGAUCGUGAAAACGUUUACGAAGAACUAAGAGCAGCUGUAAGAGCAUCGCCUCAGUUUAGAUUCGAUUGGUUUUUGAAGUCUCGUACUGCAAUGGAACUGCAGAGGAGAUGUAACACAUUAAUUACACUGAUAGAAAGGGAAAACCAGGAGUUGGAAGAAAAGGAAAAAGCUGAAAGGAAAAAGAAAAAUCCAAAAUCUAACAAUGUUACGGGAAUUCCCAAUCAGAGUUCGACAAAGGCAGCUCAAAAACGAAAAAAUGACAAUUCAAAUGUCUCAGGUACUGAGAAAAAGAAAAAGAAGAAGUGAAAUUUUCCUGCGUUUAGUUAACGAAUUUUAUAGAAUUCUUUGUCUCUGGUAUCAAAGGGCAUUUCGUGAUUCUCAACUUAUUUAGUAUGUACGUGCAUUUUGUAUUGUCCCAGUUUUUGUAGUACACAUACUUUUAAGAAUGAUGUACCUUAUUUAAUAAACGUCUUAUUUGUAAUACA